AAUUAGUGCUAAAAAACACCAACAUCUCCUCGAAAAAUCCUCCCAUGCCACAGCUCCGACCUCACCCUUCCCACGAGUCACGACCUGACCCCCUGUCAUUAUUUUACUGUAUUAUUCUUUUUUAAAAAAUAUAAAUAAAUUAUUCAAAAAUAAAAAACACGGAAAGCAGCCAAAUUGCGGAAGCAGAUUUCAAAGGGUCCUCCCCUCACCUCCAAGUGUACCAAAAUUGAACUCUUCCUGUUUAGUGUUAUUUUUUCUUCUUCUUCUUAACUGAUAAAGAGCUAGGGCUUUUGGAUUAUUGGGGAGGGGAUUAGCAGCGGUGUUUCUGGCGAUGGGAGAUGAAAAAUCGACGAUCGUGAUGGCGAGUAGAGAUAGAGACAUUAGGGAUCGAGAGCUUCUAAUCCCGGUCGCUGACUCCGUCCAUGAUGAUUCCUCCAAACCUUCUUCUUCAUCUUCUUCGCAUCACACCGGCCGCGAGACCUUUUAUAAAGUUGUCAGAAGCUGGGCUUCAAAGAAGUUCAUGACAGGAUGUGUCAUUCUGUUUCCUAUUGCAAUCACUUUCUACAUAACAUGGUGGUUUAUUCACUUUGUGGAUGGCUUUUUCUCUCCAAUUUAUGCUCAACUUGGAAUUGAUAUAUUUGGUCUUGGAUUUGUAACUUCUAUAACAUUCAUCUUCUUGGUUGGGGUAUUCAUGUCAUCUUGGUUGGGAGCAUCUGUCCUAGGCCUUGGGGAGUGGUUUAUCAAACGAAUGCCAUUUGUUCGUCAUAUCUACAAUGCCUCCAAGCAGAUUAGUUCUGCCAUAUCACCAGAUCAGAACACACAGGCCUUCAAGGAAGUAGCCAUCAUAAGGCAUCCACGUAUUGGUGAAUAUGCAUUUGGGUUCAUCACUUCAGCUGUUACUCUGCAGAGCUACUCUGGUGAAGAAGAGCUAUGCUGUGUCUAUGUUCCCACGAAUCAUCUUUACAUUGGUGAUAUAUUCCUCGUCAAUACCAAGGAUGUUAUCAGACCGAAUCUAUCAGUCCGAGAAGGAAUUGAAAUUGUUGUGUCCGGAGGCAUGUCCAUGCCCCAGAUCCUGUCAACACUGGAUACACGUUUGCCACUGGAAAGAAGUAGAUCUGACAGAAGCUGAGAUAUAAGGUGACAGUUGUAGAGCUUUUAUUUAUUGUAUUAUCUCUGGUUUCAGAUUUGAGUCAUCAGAGCGGCCUCACAAUCAAUGUGUUGGUAAUGCGGGAUUCGGAAUUAGAUUAUAAAUUUUGUUGGUUGUGUCAGAUUCUGGUGGCAUAUGUAACAUUGCUUGUUUACAUAGAAUGUAACACUGUUUGCCUUCAAAUAUAGUGUGGUUGAUAUGACAGGGCGGCAGUUUGGUGCUGGAUUGUGUUACUUCCAACUAUUAGAACGGCAUCGAUAUUUUAAUGAAUAUGUUCCUAGUUUCUCCUGCCAA